CUCAUUCAGACAUCAACAUUUUCAUUUCUUCCCGUAUUUUGCGGUAUUUGAAAUACAAAAAUCAGGCACAGUGAUUGCCACGAAGUCGAACUCAACACAACAUUCACAAGAAAUUAAGACAAAAAUGCUGCUCGAAAUUCAACUGUCAAUCGCUCUACUGUGUUUAAUCAGCUUUGGAAUUGCACAAAAUCAGUGUCCAACGCCAGGCGAAGAGUGUAAAGAUAUACGCCAGUGUUCCAUUCUUAAUAAUUUGAUCCGAAAACCAAAUCUAUCGAGUGCUGAACGAAAGUUAAUAAGUGAUAGACUUUGUGGCUACUUAUUCGGACACCAAUGGAUUUGCUGUCCCUUAGCGCUUCGAAGAAGGUCAGCCGCUGUUGAACUACCUAAGCCCGGUGUUUGUGGAAGUCAAUUAGAGCCACAACUUGUUGAUGGUGUAACCAAUGGAAGCAAUUAUUUGCCGUGGAUGGUUUUACUCGAAUACACAUACCCAAAUGGCAGCAAAGAUUUUGAUUGCGCUGGUGUUUUAAUCAAUGAAAACUAUGUCCUAACAGCCUCGCAUUGUGUGAAUGACAGAAUUUUGGCUCAAAGGACACUAUCAGGCGUUCGAAUUGGUGAAUGGAAUCAUACAUCUAACAAAGAUUGCGAAGAAGGCAUUUGUUUAGAUCCAGUUCAAAAUGUUCGCGUGGCAGAACUCAUUCCACAUGAGAAUUAUAAUCUAAGAAAGUCGAGAACAUCAGAAAAUGAUAUUGCUCUGCUACGUUUAGAGCGACCGAUUAACUAUACAGAGUGGAUUAGACCCAUCUGUCUUCCAAUCUCAGGUGAUUUUGCCAAUAGAAACUACGAUGGAGUUUCAUUGAUCGUUGGUGUUCAUUUGAAUGGUGCCAGAAGUGAUGUAAAGAUGAAAAUUGAAAUUAAUGGCGUUCCAAACACACAUUGCAACAAUAUGUAUCGUGCACGACUCAUUACGCUGACAACUAAGCAACUAUGUGCUGGCGGCGAGGAAGGAAAGGAUUCGUGUAAUGGUGAUUCUGGUGGACCGUUGAUGGUAAAGCAUGUACUUGAUGGUAAUGCAACACACAUUAUCUAUUACUUGGUAGGUGUUGUUUCAUUCGGACGAACGCCGUGUGGCCAAGCUGGAUGGCCUGGAGUGUAUACCAGAGUUGACCAAUACGUGGACUGGAUAAAAGAUAACAUCAAACCAUAAUUGCACUGUGUCCACGAAAUUCAGCGAUAUAAAUAAACGAUAACGAUGGAAAAUUCGAAAAUCGAGCGUUAUACUCAAUAGAUAUAUUUGUUGGAAAUACGGGCCGUUUGUUUAAGAUUUUUUCUGAAAUGCCGGAAAGAUCACUUCAAAUUUUUUUUUCUCAAUUAACAAUAAAAUCUGAAUUUUGUGGAAUUAGCAGGACAUUUUUGGUUCCUCUCUGAUUUGCUACUCAACAUUUUUUUUAUU